AUGUGUUCGCACGCAAAGACACCCGACCUCAAGGAUACCGUCGUCCAUCCGCUUGAUCCUCUCACUGCCAAGGAGGUGCAGAGCAUGAAGCAGAUUGUCGGUGAGGCCGGAUACGAAGGUCCCAACUUCCGCUACUCGUACGUGAUGCUGCGUGAACCAGACCACAAGACGCUGGGCGCCUGGAAGACUGGUGACGAUAUUCCUCGUGAGAUCGGCGUGCUCGUGCUGGAUAAAGCGAGCAACGUGGCGCGUGAGGUGGUCGUGGACAUUCCCGCUCACAUGGUCAUUCACAACCGCCAACUUACUCCUGCAAUCGAUGGCUGGGGUCCCAUCUUAGACGAAGACUACGUCGCUGCUGGGACCAUCACCAUGGCCGACCCACGCUACGUGGCUGCUCUGGCCAAGCGCGGCAUCACCGACCUCAGUACAGUUCAGCACCUCCCGCUAUCAGCGGGUGUGUUCGGCUACGAGGACGAGGUCAACCGCCGUAUGAUCCGUGUGUUGAGCUUCUUGUCCACGGAAAAUACGCACUCAAUGUUCGCCCACCCUGUGGAUGGUAUCGUCGCCCACGUCGAUCUCACUAGUGAGCGUGUGGUCCGCUUGAUUGACACGGGCUACGACCAUAUCCCGACCGAAUCGGGUGACUAUCUCGACCCUAAGUUGUCCGGACCAGUGCGUACGGACAUGAAGCCCCUGCGUAUCACGCAACCUGAAGGUGCGAGCUUCACGGUCGAGAACAACGUGCUCAAUUGGCUGAACUGGGAAGUUCGUAUCGGCUUCAACGGACGUGAAGGUCUCACACUACACGAUAUCUCCUUUAACGACCGCGGAUCUAAGCGUCCAAUUCUCAACCGGGCUGCGAUUUCCGAGAUGGUGGUGCCCUACGGUGAACCCCAGCCUACCCAUGAGUGGCAGAACUACUUUGACGCCGGUGAAUACCAAUUUGGUCGUCUAGCCAACUGCCUCGUGCUCGGAUGCGACUGUCUUGGUAAGAUCCAGUACCUUGACGCGACGGUUGUUAACGACUUUGGCGAGCCUGUGCUGCUCAAGAACGCCAUCUGCAUCCACGAAGAAGACUUUGGUACGCUCUGGAAGCACACGGACAUUUACACAAACCAAGGAACAGUCCGUCGUCAACGUCGUUUAGUCAUCUCGUUCUUCGUGACGGUCGGUAACUACGAUUACGGCUUCUACUGGUGCUUCUACCUGGAUGGCAAAAUCGAGCUCGAAUGCAAGGCUACUGGUAUUGUCUUCUCUUCUGGACGUCCUGAAGGCGAUUACGAGUUCGCGACUGAGAUGGCCCCACGUCUUGGAGCCCCGUGUCACCAGCACCUGUUUUCAGCUCGUCUGGAUGUGGCGAUCGAUGGCAACAAGUGCCAUGUUGAUGAGCUCGAGGUGCAGCGUCUACCGAUCAGUCCUGCAAACCCCGUGGGCAAUGCUUUCAAGCGUUUGGCUACGCGUCUAGAGCGUGAGAGUGACGCUCAACGUGAAGCUGAUAACAAGCUUGGACGUACUUGGUUGAUAGCCUCCAGUGAGAAGCUCAAUCGCCUUGGAAAACCUACGGGUUACAUCCUGUACCCGGAAGGUGCUCCAUUGCUAUUGGCUGCAGACGAGAGUUCAAUCUCCAAGCGUGCACAGUACGCCAAGAAGCACUUGUGGGUAACCCAGUACGCCCGUGAUGAGAUGUGGGCUGCUGGCUACACGCCCAACCAGCACCCUGGGUACUCUGGUCUACCAGCGUACGCCAAGGCCAAUCGACCGGUUGAUGGCGAAGACAUUGUCGUGUGGCACACCUUCGGUCUGACGCACUUUCCUCGUGUCGAGGACUGGCCGAUCAUGCCAGUGGACUACACCGGCUUCAGCUUCCGGCCGGAUGGUUUUUUUGACCGCAACCCGACGCUAAACGUGCCAGAAGACCCGAACGGGAAGGAGUUCUCGGAGAACUGCGAGUGCGAGUGCCCAUAAAUGGCUCAUAUUGAGACCUUAGCAAUUGAAUGUUUCAUUCAAUUCAAGUUUAAAAAAUAGCUUCUUCGAACG